UUAUAGAUCGACGGAACCCUCGUCUUUACCAACGAAACUCUCUUCACACCGUCGUCACACUACCGGAACGAGCGAAUAAACCCUGGAAUCGAAUCGCCAUGGAUAUCCUGAAGCAAGAAAUGCUAAAGAAAAGGCAAAGCCUCUCCGAAAGCACAGGUGGACGGAAGGUCUUCAAGCGUUCAGAGAUCGAACAGAAACGAAUCCAGAAGCUUCGUGAAGAAGAGAAACGGGAGGCCGACGCCAAACGCCUCCGUCAAAGUCAGAAUCAAAAUCAAUCGAAUUCAUCUGAUCCUAAUUCUUCAUCCAACCCUAAUUUUAAACUCGAUUCCGCAAACUCCAAAAACGAAUCCGGCGCCGGUUCGUCAUCGAAACCCUUAACAAGCGACGAACAAAAGAUCGAUGCGCUAAACCUACCGAAACAAGAGGUUAUUCGCCGGCUCCGAUUUCUAAAACAACCGGUUACUUUGUUUGGGGAGAGUGACGAUGACCGGCUUGACCGGUUGAAGUACGUUUUGAAGGCAGGGUUGUUUGAGCUCGACGAUAGCGACAUGACGGAGGGGCAAACUAAUGAUUUUCUCCGUGAUAUAGUUGAGCUGAAGAAGAGGCAAAAGUCAGGCAUAUUGAGCGAGCGGAAGAGGAAGUCGACGGAGGAGUCCACAGAGGAUAAGGAUGGUGGGGGAGGUGAAGAUGACGUCAGUGGGGAUGGUGGUUCAUCAGGUAUAGACCAAGAUAAGGAUUUCAAACGUAUGAAGGCGAAUUUCUCGGAGCUGUGUGAUGAGGAUAAGAUUCUUGUGUUUUUUAAGAGGUUGUUGAUCGAAUGGAACCAGGAGCUGGAUGAGAUGACUGAAACGGAGAAGAGGACUGCGAAAGGGAAAUCAACAUUCGCUACUUUCAAGCAGUGUGCCAGGUAUUUGAACCCUCUGUUCAAGUUCUGCAGGAAGAAGGUUCUGCCUGAUGACAUUCGGCAAGCACUAAUGCUGGUGGUGGACUGCUGCAUGAGGCGAGAUUAUCUAGCCGCAAUGGACCAUUACAUCAGAAUGGCAAUCGGAAACGCACCCUGGCCAAUCGGUGUUACUAUGGUUGGCAUUCACGAACGUUCGGCUCGUGAAAAGAUUUACACCAACAGUGUGGCCCAUGUCAUGAACGACGAAACGACUCGGAAGUACUUGCAAUCGGUUAAGCGAUUGAUGACGUUUUGUCAACGACGGUAUCCGACAAUGCCAUCAAAGGCGGUCGAGUUCAAUAGCUUAGCAAACGGUAGCGAUUUGCAGGCUUUGUUGGCAGAAGAGAGAAAUAAUGCAGAGCAGCAACAACAGUAUUCUGAAGAUAGGCUUUUACUAAUGCCAGCCCCAAAGGAUGGCUAAGCCAUCAUAUAUCGCCUCCAUGUGUUAUAUGAAACAGUUUGAUUUGUAUUUGGGUCUUUUAAAGAAGUUGCUACUUUGAGUUAUGUUAUGUUGAUAUAUGAUCCUAUCAUUUCUUUCAACUUUUUUGGACUAUUUUUCUAUUUUUGGCACAAUUUUUAGAAGUAUGGACCUUCAUGAAAA